AUGGUUGGAUGCGAGGAGCACUACACUCCAUUGGAAAAGAUAUGCUGGGCAUUUGUUUGGGCUUCCAAUAAACUAAGACAUUACAUGCUGGCAUACCCGAUAAGGCUGAUCUCUCGAAUGGACCCUUUAAAGUACCUAUUUGAGAAACCAACUCUCACUGGAAAACUGGCACCAUGGCUACUCAUGUUAGCCGAGUUCGAGCUCAAAUAUGUCACCAGGAAGUCAGUAAAGGGAAGGGUCGUCGCAGAGUUCUUGGCUGACCACCCUGUCGAAGGAGGUAAGGACGCUGAAUUCAAGUAUCCUGACGAAGAUCUGAUGACCAUAACCGAGGGCAUUUGGAAAUUACACUUCGAUGGAGCCGCAAAUCAGAAAGGGUUUGGAAUUGGUGUGUUGUUAAUUUCACCGAAUGGAUCCCACAUUCCGCUUGCGUUCAAGCUAAACUUCAAAGUCACCAAGAAUCAGGCAAAAUACAAGGCUUGCAUUGUAGGCAUGGAAGCAGCCAUCGAAAUUGGUGUGGAGAAAUUAGAAGUGGUUGGGGAUUCCAACCUGGUUGUGUCUCAGGCCAACGAUGCUCUAGCAACAUUGGCAUCCAUGAUCAAAAUUCCUAUUGGUGUAAAACUAAGGCCCAUUGUGAUUGAGCAAAGAGAUUCGCCAGUGUACCAGCAUGCCAUGGUUAUGAUGAACCUGACGAUGGUCUCCCCUGAUAUCAUGACAUUUGGAGAUUUGUAG